ACAGUAGCCAGAGUUGGGAAGACCCUCCAUAAAUGGGUUAUUCGUACUAACGAAAGAAGUACAGUGAAUAUCGAAGCCAGCUCAAUCAAAAAGUUCGAUGUAGAGGCUGGAAUCACGGCCAAUGACAUACAGUCAGCCGAAAGAGCCUUACUUCAACAGAUCCAUAAAGGAAUAGAUUGUGAUGAGCUUCAGAAACGAUUCCACCAUCAAAAAAUCACGCGAGAUUCCGAAGGAAUUAUAAGGCAUGCGUCCAGAAUGCAAAAUUCAGCAUUGCCAAAGGACGCCAUUUCACCCAUAUUUUUACCUCAUGCAAAGACUCGAGAUCAGCAGCAGAAAAUAAUAGCCUCUCCAAGAUUGAGAACAGAAAGGCAGUCAAAAACAAAAGCCUUGGAAAUCAUGAAACAAUUCGAAAAUAGUCUGGAAGAUACCCAGGAUGAGAAUGUGAAUGUCUGCGUGAACAGUACACAUCAUUCUCCAUGUUCACUAAACCGGUCGUACCGCAAAAUGACCUGUAAUUCGCUGUUAAUACUUCAGGCAAUACUCCUGGCUACAGUACAUGCCGCUGCCGGGCAUAGCACACCAAACCUCAAGUGUUACAGCGGAAAGGUCAUAAUCGAUCCGCCAAAGACGACUUUCAAAUUAAUUUCAUGCGCUCCACCUGAUUUCUGUACCGUAUCACAGAAAAUUCUAUCGACAUCAUUGCUUGGAAACCCCCACUGUUGGCCGGUUGGUGCAUUAGCAUCGUUGGCAAUAAUAGUAUGCGUCAUCGCAUUGGGAGUUCUUAUCAUUUUUCGAAUGCUGAAGGUUCUCACUCGGUCUAAGGAUCAGCACAGUUCUACUGCAAAGAACAAAUCAGGAACGGUAGAACCAGUGGAAGUAGAAAUGAAAGUAAUCCAUUCUUAUCGCCCCACACCUCUUAGCGGUCGUAUCCCAUUGAUAGCAUGCGUGCUAAUCAUGAUAAUCAGCCUAGGUGAUUCUUGUCAACAUGGACUGUCUAGGCAUCAUACUGAACUUGUAUGUAACCAGGAUGGAAAAUGCUCCUACGAAAUAGGGCGCGAAAUUCUGUUCAACAGAUUACAAAGGAAACAUUGUAUCGAAAUACACCUUCGGAACCGCACGGUUGGUAUGCUAAGCAUAGAGGUAAAAGCCGUGCACUUUACCUGCGUAAAAACAUCGAAGUUUUUUACGAAGAAUACGCAACAUAAGAUAUUUUAUUCCCACCGUUGUUCAGGGAUGGGAUCAUGUACAGCGAGCAAAUGCGACUUACUACAACCUAAUGAAACAUCCCAGAACUACGUAGAUCGAGACCUUACCCAGGCUACUCGGCCUGUGAUCAUUCAAGUGGAGGAAUACUUUCUGGAUGCAUUUUACCGACACCAUCUUGCGGUCGCUCACAUCCCGAUCACUACAGAUGUGUAUGAGGUAUUCGAAUGCCAAGAUUGGUCUCCGUCCAUACACUUGGAGAUAUUAGGCAACAUCUUUGGCAAAACGACGGAGGAGCGCUACAAUAUACUGCCGUAUCAGGCGACAGACGUGAAGAUUGUGAAUGUUACGGCAGUCACAGUGCAGAUGCCCUCACACUCGCCAAUGAAUAAAAAAUUUGCUCAGUCGGAAAGCGAGACCGUCAUUCUACCGGACUCGUUCCAAGUACCGGUCGUAUGCCGCACAAGAUAUGAUGCACAGAGAAAAUUCAGUAAGUGUGAAAACAGGAUGACCUGCAGUUGUAGUACUGGAACUUCUCCUCAUAUUUGCGAAUGCAAUAAGGACUCGAUCGGUCAUAUACGCUCGGAGGACUCGAAUCGUUUACCGCUGAGAGACAGUGUCUUAACAGAUAGCUCAGAAUUGGUGAUUGACGACCAGUGCACUGCACAGGUGAGUGAGUUGUCUGGCUGCUACGGCUGUCUACAUGGAGCGCGUUUGAAAGUAUCUUGCAGCUCACAUUACAAAUCAGUUGCUGAACUCAAGUGCAGUAACUUCACAACAAUUGUUAAAUGUAGUGCGGAGAAUAUAACAACAGAGCUGAAUCUGAACUUCAACGAGGCUCUAGUUGAAGAUUCAUGUUAUAUAUCAUGCGGCAAUCGAAGUCUAAAAUUGCCCUUGGAGGCCACUUGUUUUACCACCCGGUUUCAAAUGAUUCGAUAUUUCUCCACAAUUCCGAGGAAGGACAAACCAUUACUGAAGAUAAUUAGGGAUCACUGGAAAACGGCUGUACUCAUUGCAGUUACUUGCACGGCAGUUACCGGUCUAGUAUACUUAUUUGGACCGAUAGCAAUCAUUAUUGUAUUCAAAAUUUUGUGGGCUAUAAUCAAAUGCAUUACAGCUCCAUGCGGCGCAUUAUACACAUCUGCUCGGUCGGUUCCUUCAAACGCA